CGGGUGGACGUGAGGCUGCCGCGGCAGGACGCUCUGGUCCUGGAGGGCGUCAGGAUCGGCCCCGAGGCCGACCCGGCACCCGCGCUGGGCGGCCGCCUGCUGCUGAUGGACAUCGUGGAUGCUGAGCAGGAGGUGCCCGUAGAAGGCUGGAUUGCAGUGGCAUACGUGGGCAAGGAGCAGGCGGCCCAGUUCCACCAGGAGAGUCAGGGCAGCGGCCCGCAGGCCUAUCCCAAGGCCCUGGUCCAGCAGAUGCGGAGGGCACUCUUCCUGGGAGCCUCUGCCCUGCUCCUCCUCAUCUUGAACCACAACGUGGUCCGAGAGCUAGACAUAUCACAGCUUCUGCUCAGGCCAGUGAUUGUCCUGCAUUACUCUUCCAAUGUCACCAAGCUGUUGGAGGCACUGUUGCAGAGGACUCAGGCCACAGCCGAGAUCACCAGCGGAGAGUCGCUGUCAGCCAACAUCGAGUGGAAGCUGACCCUGUGGACCACCUGUGGCCUCUCCAAGGAUGGCUACGGAGGAUGGCAGGACUUGGUGUGCCUGGGAGGCAGUCGGGCCCAGGAACAGAAACCCCUGCAGCAGCUGUGGAACGCCAUCCUGCUGGUGGCCAUGCUCCUGUGCACAGGCCUCGUGGUCCAGGCCCAGCGGCAGGCGUCAAGACAGAGCCAGCGGGAACCUGGAGGCCAGGUGGAUCUGCUCAAGCUCCGCGUGGUGCGGAGACUGGCAUCCCUCAAGACCCGGCGCUGCCGUCUGGGCAGGGCAACCCAGGGCCCCCCAGAACCCGGUGCUGAGACCUGCGCCGUGUGUUUGGACUACUUCUGCAACAAGCAGUGGCUCCGGGUGCUGCCCUGUAAGCACGAGUUUCACCGAGACUGCGUGGACCCCUGGCUGAUGCUCCAGCAGACUUGCCCGCUAUGCAAAUUCAACGUCCUGGGGAACCGCUACUCAGACGAUUAGCUGCCCCCGCUGGGUCUCUGCAUGUGGGCAAAGGACCCUCCCACCUGCACCCUGGCCCUCGGCCUGGGCUCCUGGAACAGUACAGCGGGAUGGACAGGAAGCCCUGCUGGUUGGAGGAAGGAUAGGGGCCUCCCCUGCUGAGGGGCAAGGCACCCCAUCAUAUUCAUACUGGGAAGGAGGGACCACGGCCCCCAGAGUCUGGACCUGCCAGUCAAGAAAGAGAAGCCACUUUGGGGCCCUUCUCUACCAUCCUGGGGUAUCUGUGUCUGCCCUCCUCGAAGGCAGCUCCCAGGACCCUGGGCAGCGGCCUGGGGAAGGAGGUUGUGGGGCAGUGCAGCUGUUCCCAGGGCUCUGGUGGCUCUCUGACCUGUCAGGCCAUCCCUGGGGACUAAGGCUGCAGUGGCUGGCCGGGUUUUGUGCUUAUUUAUUGGGGGUUGGGUUGUGGGAGGAGCUAUUUGGCCUUGGGGACAUCCUGGCCUGACCGUCUUUCAGGACACAUCUUGGCCAAGGCUGUGAUGUUCAACCCACAGGCCCCUCCACAGAUACUGCCCUCAGCCCUUGGACACUAGGAGCUGCAAGUGGCCCUGCCUGUUCAGCUGGGCUCCCUUCCCAGGCCUGGCUGGGACCAGAGGCCUCGAAGCCAUCCAAUCCUGUGCUUCUUGGCCGGGCUAUAGGUUGCUGACCAGGAUACUUGAAGCUGCAGGAUAAAUGUGGUGCAUCUUUUAGGGACAGCUGGUUUUUUUAGAUUUGGGGUAGGGGAGGUUUAAUAUUGAAGUAAAUAUGGAUAUAUUUUUAACAUAA